AGUGUGCAUGAGGCUCUAAAAUCACUGAGGAAGAUCCUGGCAUGGUUUCCUGUAUCCUGGUAGGUGAGCGACGCCGGUUCAUCACGGUUGGUCUCCCCUUGCGGCUCGCCCUUUGCUCUGGACGCUCGGACCACAGCACCCCAGCUCCCGGGGCCGCUGCUCCGGCCCGCACGCCUCAGCUGAAGACAGACCCAUGGCCGAGCGCGGAGAACUCGACCUGACCGGCGCCAAACAGAACACGGGAGUGUGGCUGGUCAAGGUUCCUAAAUAUUUGUCACAGCAAUGGGCUAAGGCCCCUGGAAGGGGUGAAGUUGGGAAGCUGCGGAUUGCCAAGAAUCAAGGAAGGACUGAGGUGUCAUUUACUUUGAAUGAGGAUCUUGCAAAUAUUCAUGAUAUUGGUGGAAAACCAGCUUCAGUCAGCACACCUAGAGAACAUCCAUUUGUCUUGCAAAGUGUUGGAGGACAGACAUUAACAGUAUUUACUGAGAGCUCAUCAGAUAAGCUGUCAUUGGAAGGAAUAGUGGUACAAAGAGCUGAAUGCCGACCAGCUGCCAGUGAAAACUACAUGAGAUUAAAGAGAUUGCAAAUAGAAGAAUCUUCCAAACCUGUAAGGCUAUCACAACAACUGGACAAAGUUGUAACAACCAAUUACAAGCCUGUUGCCAAUCAUCAGUACAAUAUUGAAUAUGAAAGGAAAAAGAAAGAAGAUGGAAAGCGAGCCCGAGCUGAUAAACAACAUGUUUUAGACAUGCUAUUUUCAGCCUUUGAGAAACAUCAGUAUUAUAACCUUAAGGACUUGGUAGACAUAACAAAACAACCUGUGGGGUACCUGAAGGAAAUCUUAAAAGAAAUUGGUGUUCAGAAUGUAAAAGGGAUCCACAAAAACACAUGGGAGCUGAAGCCAGAGUACAGACACUAUCAAGGAGAAGAGAAGAGUGACUAAGAAGACCCCAGCCAGCAUGCUAGCAGAACAAUGAAUGCUGAGCAAAGGGCUUGCUGCUGGAAUACUUGAGCACCGUAUGUUAACAGGGGUAAAAUAGUAUUUCCAUUUCUCUUGGUAAAUUUUUUAAACCUCUAAUUCUUAUAAAGUUUAGUGUUUUUUGAGGAGAAAGAACAACUUUAUUUAUAGACUUAACUUGUAUUAAACCAGAUUAUUCAAUGGGAGUUGGGGUUGGGGGAUUAAGAGGGUUUUUCUUAAAUACUGGCUUUUAACAUGUAAAAUUAGGAAAUGUUUUUUAAAUGAGGACUCUCUAUCCUUGCUGUAUCUCUGAGGAGCCAAGGUAAUACAGAUCCAAAGAGAAUGGUCUAGCAGGAUAAAAAUGAUCAACUACAGAAACUCUUAAAAGGAAUGAAAAGCCAAAGUUUCUUAUUCUGAAGUUGUCAAAGAACAAAGCUGUCUUUGCUCUAAACAGAUGAUCAUGUUUCAUGUUCAUACACACAUUAAUAAAAGAAGAGCAUUUAAAUUUGCAGCGAAA